AUGCGAGCGACGACUCUCUUGUCCAAUGCCCACACUCAGAGCCAUGUACCGAUGCUAUUCUCGACUUCGGCAAGACAUUGGACGAAGUCGAAAACUUGCCAAAAGAGUUGCGCCAGUGAAAAGCCGCCGCUUUUAUCCAUCACUUCGCCUGGCUUCUGGAAGUCACGGCCAACGUGGAACCGUGCUUCUGUCAAUACAUUACGCUGUCUUGUUGGCUGCACGCUGGGUGAUUUCACAGCCAUGUGGCUCCUUCAAUUGAACUACCCUGAGCUUGGUAUGGGAGUGAUAAUGCCGAUAUCGAUGAUUUCUGGAAUUUCAACGUCUAUUUUAUUGGAGACUGUCAUGCUUCGCAUUGGUCGUGACGGACUUUCCUGGCUGGCCGCCUGCAAGACCGCCAUCGGAAUGAGUUUCAUUUCCAUGAUUACCAUGGAAAUUGCCGAAAAUGCAGUCGACUAUUAUCUCACGGGAGGAGCAGUGUCGUUCAAUACGCCUGGGUUCUGGGUUGCGGCUCUGGUUGCGAUGGCUGCUGGGUUCCUCACUCCACUUCCUUAUAAUUAUAUUCGUCUCCGAAAGUUUGGAAAGUCAUGUCACUAG